AUGCGCACUCUCCUCACGGCCCUCGACGCGCAGCAUACCGCGCACCUCGCCCUCGGCGUCAUCACGACCAUGAUUGGCGCUCUAACCACGCCGGCAUUCGCCAUUGUCUUGGCCAAGCUGUUGGCCGUCAUGUGGUCCGCGGGAAACAGGGCCGCCGAGGGGAGACUCUGGGCGCUGUACCUCUUCAUCGUCGCCGUCAUCGACGGCAUCUGCACUGGUCUCGGUCGCUACCUCCUCGAGUCGUCAGCGCAGGCGUGGGUUGACUCCGUGCGACGCUCUGCGCUGGAGUGCGUCCUGCGCCAACCUAAGUCCUGGUUCAGUGACGACAAGAACUCGCAGGCUCGCGUUGCCGAAGCCUUCAACGUGCAUGCGGAGGAGAUGCGUAACCUUGUCGGCCGCUUCCUCCCCAACAUCGUCGCUGUGACCACCAUGGUCGCCGCUUCCGUCGCCUGGGCCCUCAUCAUCCGCUGGGAUCUGACGCUCGUGGCGCUUGCGCCGCUACCAGUUGUCGUGCUGGUCCUCAAGACGUACACCCGCCUGGGACGGGAGUGGGAGGUGCGCUGCGCCGACGCCGCGGAGGAGACCGGUCAGAUCGUCGCCGAGGUGCUGGCGUUCGGCCGCACAAUUGCCCACUGCAGCCUCGACGGUCAUUUCUUCAGCAGCUUUGCGCAAGCUAUCGCACGAUGCUUCCAUCUCGGUAACCGGCGCGCCUGGCGCACCUGUCCCCUUUUCGGACUCUACCAGGCCUUCAGCUACGUACUAACGGCGCUCGUCUUCUACUACGGGACGAAGUUACUCACAAGCCACAGCCGCACCGCUGCGUCUGUAGACUCCGUACUGCAGGUUCUCAACCUGCUCCUCUUCAGCUUCGGCACCGCCACUGAGUUGCUUAGCACCAUGCCGCAGAUCACCGUAACCACAGCCGCUGCCGCGCGCGUUCUGAGCUACACAAAGCUACCCAGAGGUGAGCUGCCGCCUGAGACCGGGGACUAUUCCCACGGUGGCCGGGCGGCCUUGCUACCAAUACGCAUGCGCGACUUGAGCUUUACCUUCCCAAAUCACCCCGACCGUGCCACACUCGCCGGCGUCACGCUCAAUAUACAGCCCGGGCAGUGCACUGUGCUCGUCAGCACCUCUGGCGGCGGCAAAUCAACCCUGCUUGCCCUCCUCCUCGGCCUGCACCGCCCCGACGCCAACGCCACGGAAUCCGCAUUCACCUACGCCGACAUCCCCUUCGCCGCCAUGGACCUGCGACAUCUCCGCGCCGCCGUCGGGUACGUGCCGCAGGCACCCUUCCUCUUCCCCGGGUCCAUCGCAGACAACAUCGCCUACGGCCUGGACGCGCAGUCCCCGCUGCGCCACCGCUCGAACGUGCGCGCCGCCGCGCGCGACGCCGGCAUCGACGACUUCGUCCUCUCCCUGCCCGACGGCUACGACACCCUCGUCGGCGACGGCGCCGGGGCCACGCGCCUCUCCGGUGGGCAGGCACAGCGCGUCACGAUUGCGCGGGCGCUGGCGCGUCGCCCCUCGCUGCUUGUCAUGGACGAGCCCACCAGCGCGCUCGACGAGGAGAGCUCGGUGGCCGUGAGGGCAUGCGUCGUGGAAUUGGUCGCGCGUUGGCGCGCCGAGCGUCGGCCCGCGGCCGUCGUUGUCGCAACGCACAGCAUCUCGAUGAUGCGCGUCGCCGACGUCCUCGUCGUCAUGGAGGAGGGGCGCGUGGUCGAGAAGGGUGCAUUUGAGGAUCUGUGGUUCAGCGGGGACGCGUUCCGUCGGUUGGUGCGGCAAAGUCAAGACGCUUCAUGA